AUGGCUCCUAAGAAAAAUAAUAAGAAAGCUCAGUCUAAGAAGACUGCUUCUAAGCCAGCUGCUACUGCCGACGACGAUGAUGCCUUUUUGGAUGCCCUUCUCGAAGAAAUGAAGCAAAAGAAGAUCAGUGAAGGAGAGUCCGGUGAUGGUACAACUUCAUCAUCUGAAUCGACUGCUCCUGAGAUUAGUCCUGAUGAUGAUGAAGGCCAAGAUCAGCCUGGUCCCAUUGUUGUUGACCUCGCUCUGCCAACUGAUGGGACGCCUGCAAAGCAGACCAGCCCACCUCGUGUGGGGCUGUCGAAGAUCUUUGUGGACAGACGGUAUCCUGUUGGAGAAACUAGCACAUACACUUAUGGUGAAGAGAAUCUGAAGCGAGAGACUGAUGAGGAGAAGCGUGCUCUAGAGAGAAGCAAGGAGGCUGAGCAAAAGUACGAGGAACUGCGCCGUGGUGCGGAGAUCCAUCGACAGGUGCGCAAGUAUGCGCGCGAGCAUAUCAAGCCUGGCAUGAAGAUGGUUCAGAUUGCCAAUAUGAUUGAGAAUGGUACUCGUGCACUGAGCGAGGGUUCAAGCUUGAAGGAUGCCGGAAUUGGGUUCCCUACUGGGUUGUCGCUGAACGACUGCGCGGCGCACUACACACCCAACAAGGGCGACACGACGGUGCUCAAGGCCUCGGAUGUGAUGAAGGUUGAUUUUGGUGUGCACGUGAAUGGACGUAUCAUUGAUUCGGCCUUCACUAUGACGUUUGAGGAGGGCAAGUACGAUGCUCUGUUGGAUGCGGUGCGUGAUGCUACCAACACUGGUAUUCGCGAGGCUGGAAUUGACGUGCGCUUGUGUGACAUUGGCGCUCAGGUUCAGGAGGUGAUGGAGUCUUAUGAGCUUGAGCUGAACGGCAAGACCUAUCCUAUUAAGUGCAUUCGCAACCUCAAUGGCCACAAUAUUCUGCCGUACCGGAUCCAUGGUGGUAAGAGUGUUCCAAUUGUCAACAAUGGCGACACCACCAAGAUGGAAGAAGGUGAGGUGUUUGCGAUUGAGACGUUUGGCUCGACUGGUCGCGGUCAUGUAGUCAAUCAGGGCGAAAUCUCGCACUAUGCCAUGAAUGCGGAUAUGGGCAAUGCUCCUGUGCGUCUUAACUCGGCAAAGUCCCUACUCAAUGUUAUUAACAAGAACUUUGGCACCCUGCCAUUCUGCCGCAGAUACCUCGACCGCCUGGGCCAGGACAAGUACCUGUUGGGUCUUAACACAUUGGUGCGCCAGGGUAUUGUAGACGAGUACCCACCAUUGUACGAUUCCCCUGGAUCUUACACUGCUCAGUACGAGCACACUAUUCUGUUACGUCCCACUGUUAAGGAAGUUCUUUCUCGCGGUGACGAUUAUUAA